UUCUCUGUAUGUGUUUACUGAUAUUUAUCUUUUUUUUUUCUCUUUCUUUUUCGUGCUUUCUGAGUAUUAUUCUCUGCUCGGACAGGAGAAGAAAUCCGGGAUUUUCUCACUGGCGUUCUGUAGAAGAUUAUUUUUUUCCCUGGAAACAGACAGCAUCUGGUUUUUUUUUUUCCCCGAUUUUUAAAAUUGUUCAGUGAGUGAAAUCAAGAGAAAGUUGUUAGGUACGGUCAGGUUCUGCAAAUGUGACAAGUUUGAGGCACCGAAGUUCCUGUUAGAUCGUGAAGAGAGCUUCCAGUUGUCUGGCGCUCGCACUUACAGCCUUACAGAUUCUGGUAAGAGUAUUGCAGUGAUUUUUGGACAGUGACGGAAAGAAUUUAAUGUAUGCAUGGAACCAAGAGAAGGUAUGAAUUCGGGAGUUACUGUAAUAGGAGCAGAAGCCCCAUCAACGUAUCAUGUGGCACCAAGGACUGAAAACCUCAGCCAAAUUGCCGGGCCACCGGAAGUGUUUGCAUCACCAGUUACCGUAGGAUUGCCUGGAAUUCCAGAGAAAAAGAAGAGAGGCAGACCUAGGAAAUAUGCACCGGAUGGGAGUCCUGUUGCACCACUAUCACCGACCCCAAUUUCAUCUUCAGCUCCUCAUGGUGGUGAGUUCGCUGCGGGGAAGCGGAGUAAAGCAUGGUCAGGGAAGUUGGAGAAAAAGCAGAAGAGAAUGGGAAUGGAGAAUUCAGGGGAUUCGGUUGCAUCUUCUGCCGGUGCAAGUUUCACCCCCCAUGUCAUAACUGUGAACAAUGGCGAGGAUGUUUUGAUGAGGAUUAUGUCGUUUUCCCAACAAGGCCCUCGAGCAAUCUGCAUCUUAUCCGCUAAUGGAUCGGUGUCAAAUGUUACUCUUCGGCAACCUGAUACCUCUGGUGGUACUUUGACAUAUGAGGGUCGCUUUGAAAUUCUUUCUUUGACUGGAUCAUUUAUGCCCUCUCAAAUUCAUGGAUCAAGAAGCAGAUCUGGGGGUGUGAGUGUCACAUUGGCAAGUCCUAAUGGUCAGGUUGUUGGCGGUGGUGUAGCUGGACUGUUGAUAGCGGCUAGUUCUGUGCAGGUAGUGAUUGGCAGUUUCCUACCAAGCAACCAUCAGGAACCGAAAUUAAGGAAAUUGGCUACUGGUACUCCAUCAAUCACCAUACCUGCUUCUGUGCCUGAAAAGGAGGAGGGCAUUAGUGGACAUGGCCCGCAAAAUAAUAACAUUGCACAGCCAGGCGGUUCUUCUUCUUCCGUCCCUCCCAUCCCUUCAAUUAGAGAGACCUGGGCCGCCAUGCAAGCUGAGCGGGCUGCACAGGAGGCCAGAAAAGCAGCCACCGACAUCAACAAAACAUCGCUUGAUCCUAAACCCUAGCUGAGCAUCUAAAAGUAUCCUCUCACUGACUUCAUCCAUUGCUGACUGUGGUGCUAGUCUCACUGACGCAGAUCAUCACCCCUGUUUUAAUUCUGUUAAUUUGGAAUGUUUUUAUUGAAUGUAGUUUAACUGCUGCUGCUUAAUUCCCUCAAGACUUGUUAGUAAACUCUAUUUAUUAGGUUGUUUUUAGGUUUUUUUUCCUGGAUGUUCAGUAGGACUAAUUUAAAAUUUUAAUUAUCGGUGGAUCUGUUAUGAGUAAUUUUAAUAACGCUUGAGCU